AUGGUUAAUGUAAAAAUCGAGCUAAACGCCGAUGAUACUAGAGCGAAAGAAUGUACGGAAGAGCAACACCAUGUCUGCAAGGCCGGUCUCGACAAGCUGGAAAACUCGGCGAACCGUUUGGAAACCUUGUCCUUGUCAACAGCUCAACCAACACCUAGCCCUAUAGAGCAGCAACAGUCCAUUUUCGAGGCUAACCGAUCCGAAAUCAGGUAUGUUUCGGAGGAGGUCUAUGAAAAUUCCGAAAUUGAAGCUAUACCUAUUGAAGCACACAAAAUUGUUCCCGACGAGAUUCAAAAUGCUGCACAGAAGUCAUUAGCUCAUUCCGCGGAGACCAAUAUCGCGCCCAAGUCUGUGCCUGACACGCUCAGAGGCGGCAGAGAUCUAAAUAGAGUCAUAAAAAAGCAAGGAGAGACGCGGAAGGCCGCGCUGAUCCAGCUGCCAGCUUCGCCGGGAGAUAUACCCCUUCCUGCUGUCGAUGACUGCGACCUUGCCCAAGAAGACGUCUCAAAAAAGCCUGAAAUUUGUUCAGAAUCUGGUGAGAUAAUAUCUCAGAAGUGGCCACAGAGCGAUUUGGAUGACAUAGAGGGAGAAGGAGAUUCCGCCAAGCAGCUGGAAUGGGCCUUCCAGUUAGAUGAUGACCUAGGUAUGACUGACUUUCAGGACCCCAAAUUCCACGAAAAGAGCGAUGAGAUGAAUAUUGACGCUCAGACAGAUUGCGAGAUGCCUGAUGCGCCGGAUUGGGAUCAGUAUUGGGACUCAGAACGGGGAGCAUGUGGUGAUGCCAUUGACACGGUGAUACAUGAUGUUCAAGAUGCGAAGCAGAACAUCGAAAUGGCUACCUGUAUCCGCAAACCAGAAGAUCUUGUCAUCAAACCAAAAGGUCUUGUCAUGGAAACGCCCGUGGUAGUUGAUCAAUCGGCUCAAAAGGUCACAAUUGCUGGAACACCCGAUGGGCAGCCCCUUGAUCACAGUGCACCGCAGCAGAUGAGCCAAAUGGAUUUACGUCACUCAGAGCAAGCCACGCGAACAACCAAUGCUGAAAAACAGACGUUGACGAAGUUUCCUGAACAACCGGCUCCUGUGACAAUACAUCAUGACAAUGCCACUAUCCACUCCGAGAAACAGUUCAAUAAUACUGUUCCAGUAUACCAAGUCGACCAGAACCCGGGAGAUGAAUUGGAUUUCAAACUCUCGCUGGAGGAGCUUUUGGUGCAGAUAGGGGAUGAGUCUGGCAAAUGCGUACAUGGACUCGGCGCAAAGUUCCAUGAUGGGCAAACUGAACCACCGGAACACAUGGAAACAACCCGAAAAUCUUCGAAAGAGGCAAAGGAGAAUGACAUGGCACAAGUUCAUCCGCCUCAGAAUCCCAGCAUGGCCCUCAGCCAGGAUAGUCACACUCAACCGACGGGUGCUGAAACAGUCGUCAUAGGCAACAUUGAUACAGCCGGUCGAGAUGACAAGAUUCUUGAUUUCAAAAAUGGAAAGAAGACAUUGACAACCAUUGGUGGCGAGCAAGAGGCCCUGUCUGCUGUACGAAAUCCUGAAGCUCGUAAAAGUCGGAAACCAAGUCCGAUAUUCGAUUGGACCAUCAUCAAUUCGCUCCUCCCCCCUACGCUUCAGGAAACAGGCCUUGAUCAAGUCAAUGAGAAGACAAGCUUCAAUUUCGAAAAAAUUCAGCGCCAAGAAGAUGAAUUGGUGCGAAAAGGACUCAAGUCAGCAUAUCGGGCAGAUUCUCGCAUACGGAACGUGCCGAACGCACUGAAACAAAAUAAGAGGAAGGGGAAUAUCAUCUUACGUCGUCGUAAAGACGUCGCGGAUGAUCUGGUAAGCAACGACGAGGUAGUCAAAGCAGGUUCUUCGGACAAUGUCUCCGACCGUUCAAAUUAUCCAUCUACGUCUCAUGGCCACGAUAUACAAGAAAAAGACGAUGGUUCUAAGGCUCGCAAACAGAGGCGCAACUUUAAAAAGAGUACGGCAGAAUCUGAUGAUGAAUUGGCUCUAUUUGCUCCGCGACCGAGCGAUCUUGAACUUCGGGAUAAGCCUGGCCAGAGGCCGGGGCCAUUCUCUGGAGAAGCCUCCGAUUCUUCAUCCUCCGAUUCUUCAUCUGCACGAAAAUCAACUCCGGAACAGGAGAUCCCAGAAAGAUCUGUUAGAACCCCCAAAGAGCACGUGGUUGUUUCAUCCUCUCAAGAGAAUGUCAAGCCAAUAGGGCCAAAGGAUAGAGAUUCAGUCAGUCCCGUGGCCGUGGAUUGCCCCGUGACACCCAUUGAAAACACCUCCCGUCCUGCCGCGCUGCAGUCAUCGACAAAGACGCCGGAGCCUGAGCAAGACGAGUCUACUCAGCCCAAGUCAGAAGGCGUCAUUCUUCCCAGUGGCAACUCUAUGCACAAUGGGUCGCCUUCCCAAUCCAUUGCUGACCUGAAUACAUGGUCGCAAACAGCUAGGUCACCAGUUGCCCUGGGGACUAAGGGACUACAGAGGAAGAAGGCUCCAAGGAAGAGUAAAAGCCGACCUCCCAGGAUAUUCCAUGAAAAAAUAAGAAGAGCCCCCCCAUCGCCGCAUGGAACUCCAUCUAGAGGGUCUACAGAAAGGGAUGAACAGUUGAGACCGCAUGAGAGAAUGGCGAACCUAAACCGACCAUGCUCUACAAGUACACAAACGACCAAAUGGGGAGAGAAUACAAACGAGCGGAAAACAACACAGAUUAUUCCAAUAAAGGAGCUUAGAGCGAGGCUAAGAGCGAAAAAGGAGAGCGAAGAAACCGCAGCUGAUGACACGUGA